CAAGACUGUUGUUCUAUCAAUGAGCAUGGCUUGGCAGCUUGGUCGGGCUAUGAGGCGGGCCAAACUAAACAACAGCAGUGUCCUAGAGGGCAUAGCUGCCCAGCAGAAUGGGACCAUACUCAUUGUUGGCAAGGUGACAGAUGUGGUACAUGUGACCAACAAAGGGUUUGGGAGGCUUGAGGCAGUCGUAGAAGGUCUGGAUACCUACAAAGGUCACAAGAUCAAGAUACUGGCA